CAGGUUACUGCCCACCGUCACCAUCGCAGCCGCACUCGACAGACCAAUCCCAAAGCACAGGACAAGGCAUAGGGGAACACCCCAGUGCAAUGAUGGGAAGUGACGACGACGACGUGUCCAUGGAGAAUAUAUUUGGGGCAAAAUUAGUCCGAGAUUCGGAAGAACGGGUGCAGGCGGACGGAGACGGCGCCACACAGUCAGGGUUUGACAUGGUGUCGUUUGAUGCUCCGAGCCACACGGAUGGGGAGGGUGCGCUGAAAAUAGAUUUGGGCGCGGCGGACAAAGGAACUGGAAGAAGGAGCGAUGAUAUACCUACCAUCGCAGUUGAGGAGGAUCCGGUUGGGAUUGAUUUCUACGACACAAAUAUAUCAGACCCCCCGCCCAAUUCAGGAGGCUUGGGCGCGCACACGGGCGUGGAACUUGCUAUCACCGGAAAGGCCUUCGACGUGCUCAAAGCACGCGGCGAGCUUGCACGCGUCCUGUCCAUCGUUCGUGUGUUUGCUGAGAUGACCCCCAGAGAGAAAAAGGAGUGUGUGGAGGCAUACAUGAGCGUGGGUGUGAUCACGGGGAUGUGUGGUGAUGGCGGCAAUGAUAGCGGCGCCUUGCGAGCUGCGAAUAUCGGAAUGGCCCGGGGUGGUGAUUUUGGGACCGUUGUGGCAAGUUUUGCGUCACAGGACAGAACUGUCGCAGCGGUCACCACUCUGGUGCAGGAGGCCAGAGGGGCACUGUGCAAUGCUAUGUCAUUGUAUAAGUACACAGUAGCCACAGGCCAGGU